AUGAAGAAGAUAAACCAGAUCCCGAACAUCAGCCGCAAUCAGGACGAAUUACGUGAUUUGCAGUACCCAACGAGUACGAUUGAACCCAUCCCUUACCUUGCGCCACCAGAACCAGACGGUUUGAAAUGCCGUGCUUGUGGCCAUAUUCUGCGUCGCAUCCAAAAGAUGCAAAAGCAUUGCGCUGAGAAACAUCAAUGGAUAAACCCAAGAGGCAGGGGAAGACCAGUACCGGAUUGCCACGAAUCUGCUGAUGAACCACCGUGGGAGGAACAUGUCGCGUGUCAACGAUUCUUUCCUAGCAGGGCCGGCAGCAGAUGGUUCCAAGUAAAUGUCCAGACACGGCCACAAACCGAUGUGCGCAACAGAAUGCAUACAAACUCGUUCCAAUCGCGAGUGGAGCCACGAGAACUCGACCAGGCCUCAUGCUCUCAUCUCAGUGAAGUAAUAGAACGUGAACAGACAUAUUCGGAAACAGUGAACCAGCCACGUUUGAGUAGUAAAGAUAUGGACAAUGGCUCUUUUGCGACUACGAGCAUCUGGAUGGAGAGAACACGAUGGCAAGAUAUAUACAAAGGCGCAAGGCGCGAUAUCUUGCGAUCAUCGACUCGACUACCUGACCGACGCGCCUUGGCAAUUGACCGCUUCUUGGGGCAGGGAAACCAAGAAUCUGAUCCAGACAUCACAAGCUCGAGCGAAGCUGAGCAGAAGAUUUCUUGCAUCUUAGAGGCUUUAGAUACUGUAGUGGACCGAUGCGAAGACACGAUCAGUCGAACAAGCCGUUUUCUUCUAUGCUGGCUGAACAGCACGAAAUACCAGCACUUUUACGAAAGACCUUUCAGUCUAGUGGCGGAAAAGAGUACCGAAAAAAAUACCGGAAUGUCCAGAAACGCCUGUUGGCUUUUGCUUUUCGGACGCAUAUAA